AUGUACCUGACCACGGUGCUGGGGAACCUGCUCAUCAUCCUGCUCAUCAGGCUGGACUCUCGCCUCCACACCCCCAUGUACUUCUUCCUCAGUCACUUGGCCUUUUCUGAUGUCUCUUUAUCAUCUGUCACUGUCCCUAAGAUGCUCAGGAAUAUGAAGACUCAGCACUUAUCCAUCCUCUAUGAGGGAUGCAUUUCUCAGAUGUAUUUUUUCUUACUUUUUGUAUGUGUUGACAAUUUUCUUCUUACAGUGAUGGCCUAUGACAGGUAUGUGGCCAUUUGCCACCCAAUCCACUACUCUAUCAUCAAGAGGAAGGAGCCGUGUGUCUUACUGGCAGCUGGGUCCUGGUUCUUCUCUUGUGUACAUGCCCUCUUGCAUACCCUCCUCCUGUCCCACCUGUCCUUCUGUGCUGACAACACCAUCCCCCACUACUUCUGUGAACUCACUGAACUCCUGAAGCUGACCUGCUCAGAUACCUCCCUCAAUGAGCUAGUUAUCCUCGCUGAGGGGGAAGUGUUAACUCUCCUGCCUUUGAGUGCUAUUUUGGGCUCUUAUGUCUGCAUUGGGGCCACUGUUCUAAGGGUCCCCUCCACUAAGAAGAUCCGCAAAGUUCUGUCCACCUGUGGCUCUCACCUCUUCUUGGUGUUUUUGUACUAUGGGACCCUUGCAAUUAUUUAUUUCUUUCCUUCCUCAAACAAUUCCCAAGUCAAGGAUGUCAUUGCUUCAGUUAUGUAUACAGUGGUGACACCUAUGUUGAAUCCCUUGUCUAUAGCCUGA